AUGAAUGAUACAGCAGCGGUAACUUUGUUUCCAGAUACCGUUGCCGGUAGUAUAAUUAAACAGAUAAGCCAUUCCCGAGAUAUCCUGAAUACUUCUGUAUUCGACCACUUCAGCGGCUGCCCAACCGCAGCUUUAUUGACGACCGAUCUAAGGCAGGCUGCGUCAUUUAGUCGUCCUCCCGCAAGCAUUUCUAACAACAUUAAUUAUUUUCGUUUGCAAUAUCCCAACAUUCAAUCUCCUGCUAUCACGUUAGGAAACUUUCAUGAUAAUACAUUGAAAUAUCCUACAAAUAGUGCGAUUACAUCAUCAAGUACCGGUAGUAACAAGCGAAAAUCAUCGAACACAAACUGUGAAAGCAACUCUAAUUAUAAGACAUAUAGUAGUAGUAGGUAUUACAAUACUUGUUCGGAGACCUUAUUAGCAACGCCAAGUAAUAAAAAAACGUGCCUAAAAUUUAACGGCAACAGAUUUUUCGAAAUUUUACCAGAAAUUCAGCAAAGAAGCUGUAAUACCUUGACAGCCACAUGCAUGGCUGCAUCGCCUGUAAGGCCUAUAAUUGGUCAGCAAGAAUCAUCACAACAGCUAAUUACUUCUGCUGCUGCUAGUAUCAACGGUAACAUUCGUUAUUUAAACAGUAGUAAACGUCAUCAUCCAAGUGCUUAUCAAGAAUUUCUACAAAUCAAUAAUUUACAAGAAUCUGUUCAUAACAGACAGCAACAACAGCAGCAUUCAUCUAUGGAUCAGUCACGAAAAUCGCAACAAGCGCAAUCGCAAACAUCACAGUCACAGUAUCAACGAGACCCACAAAUGACAUCGAAUUUGCUUGUGUUAGGCAAUGGUUCCACAGCUACAGGUGUCACUCCAAUCAGCACUUCCGCACUAGAUAUUGCUGCUUGUACGCAACAACAACCAAAUUCAGUACUUCGUGUCAUUAUCGAGAAUAUGCUUUAUCCUGUCACUCUUGAUGUGCUUCAUCAGAUAUUUUCUAGAUAUGGAAAAGUCCUUCGUAUCAUCACUUUCAACAAAAAUAAUACGUUUCAAGCUUUGGUUCAGUUGAGUGAAGCAAGUUGUGCGCAAUUAGCUCGGCAGUCAUUAGAUGGGCAGAAUGUCUACAAUGGCUGUUGUUGUCUGCGCAUUGAUUACAGUAAACUUGCCACAUUAAAUGUGAAGUAUAACAAUGAUAAGAGUCGCGACUAUACUAAUCCAAACUUACCAUCAGGUGAAUUAACUCUGGAACAGCAGCUUAGUCUUGUAUCAGCAGCAACUGGUGGACAAAUAGGUCCAACAAUCGCAUCACUUGUGCAAUCACCGUUUGCCUUUCAGUUUGGUACAAAUCCUCAGUAUCCUUUUCAGCAGCAAGCUACUGCAUUUCCACAAGCUGACGCGUUAGCAUCGCCAUCAGGAAUCUCACCAUUUCUCACCGGGUUAACAACUACGUUAGCAUCUGGUGCCACAAGUCCGGUUACAGCUAAUGCAGCUAUGAUUAACGCAACCACUGCAGCACUUCGCUUUCCUCACGUUGGUGUAUUGAAUAUCUCGUCCGUAGUGCUUGUCUCAAAUCUUGAUGAAAAUGUUAAAAAACACCAAACACACGCUGACUAUCUCUGUCCUAUUUUCAGAAGGUUACGCCAGAUGCUCUCUUCACUCUUUUCGAAUUUUUUAGGAGUAUAUGGUGAUGUACAUCGCGUUAAAAUCUUGUAUAACAAAAAGGAUAACGCUUUGAUACAAUACGCUGAACCACAACAAGCACAACUAGCCAUUCAACAUCUGGAUAAAGUUCGCUGGCAUGAUAAAAACAUUCGUGUAGCAACUUCAAGACACAGCACUGUACAGAUGCCAAAAGAAGGGCAGCCAGAUGCUGGAUUGACCCGUGAUUAUUCUCAAUCAUCGUUACAUCGUUUCAAAAAACCUGGCAGCAAGAAUUACUUGAAUAUUUAUCCGCCAAGUUCCACUCUUCAUCUUUCAAACAUACCACCUAAUAUUACAGAGGAAUUUCUUACUAAUGCAUUUGAACAACGUGGAUAUCUCCCUAAAGGCUUUAAAUUUUUUCCAAAAGACCACAAAAUGGCUUUGUUGCAAUUGAAUGAUGUGGAAACUGCUAUAAAUGCGCUAAUUGAGAUGCAUAAUUUGAAACUAGCUGAAAACGCGCAUCUUCGAGUAUCAUUCUCAAAAAGUGGUAUAUAA